GAGAGAGAGAGAGAGAUAGAGAGAGAGAGAGAGUGUGAGAGAGAGAGAGAGAGAUAGCCUAGGACAGAGAUGCAAGCCCACAUAGAGAGAGGAGAUAGAGUGAGGGGGAGAGAGAGGGCUUUUAAGGGAUUUGGCUGUGUAGAAUGUCACUGUCGUAAUGCUUUUUUCUCCUUCUCCUCUCCGAUUCUGUCAUGAUGCCCUAAAGCCUCGAAGGUCUGCCUUGUUUUAUCUUCAUCUUUUUUUUAUCAAUCAAACACCUUUUUUUCUCGCAGCAUCAUCAUCAUUAUUUUGGAAUGCUCUAAUUUGUUUUGAGUGACAACAACGCUGCACUUCUGACAUGAUAGAGGAUUUACUUUUUCAGAGGAGAGGACAGUGUUGCCUCUAAAUAUCGUCAGACAUCAUCGGACCACGGUGGUUAGUAGCCCUUCUAUGACUUGGCUGUGAUGGAUACAAUCAAGACCGGUCAAUGAGGAAUGGACAGGGCUGGCAGGUAGAGGCAGAAGCCUGCUGUGAUUGGUUCCUUCGGCGGUCAUCGCCAUGACGCCACAGGAACUCUACUCGUCCCCGGCGCGGUGCCGGCGUCUCGCCGCCGCGCCGGCGCUGGGCUCCCCCACCGGAGCGGCCCCUCCGCUCCUCUUCUGGCUGCUGCUGCUGGCGGGCCUGGCCGGGGUCCCACGGGCCCAGAAGGGCACCCAGCCCCACUCCAUCAAGAUCGAGGGGGACAUCACCCUGGGGGGGCUGUUCCCCGUCCACUCCCGGGGCCCCGCGGGGGUGGCCUGUGGGGAGAUCAAGAAGGAGAAGGGCAUCCACCGCAUGGAGGCCAUGCUGUACGCCCUGGACCAGAUCAACAGCGACCCCGACCUGCUGCCCAACAUCACGCUGGGGGCGCGCAUCCUCGACACCUGCGCCCGCGACACCUACGCCCUGGAGCAGUCUCUCACCUUCGUGCAGGCGCUCAUCCAGAAGGACAACUCGGACGUGCGCUGCUCCAACGGCGAGCCGCCCAUCAUCCCCGAGCCGGAGCGGGUGGUCGGUGUGAUCGGAGCAUCUGGCAGCUCCGUGUCUAUUAUGGUGGCCAACGUCCUGCGGCUCUUCGCGAUCCCCCAGAUCAGCUACGCGUCCACCGCCCCGGAGCUCAGCGACAACAGCCGCUACGAGUUCUUCUCAAGGGUAGUCCCCCCGGACUCCUACCAGGCCCAGGCCAUGGUGGACAUCGUCAAGGCCAUGGGCUGGAACUACGUUUCCACCCUGGCCUCCGAGGGCAACUACGGAGAGAGCGGCGUCGAGGCCUUUGUCCAGAUAUCCAGAGAAACGGGGGGGCUAUGCAUUGCCCAGUCGAUAAAAAUCCCCAGAGAGCCCAAACUUGGGGAAUUUGAUAAACUUAUCAAUAGGCUCAUGGAGACGUCAAACGCACGUGGAGUGAUUAUCUUCGCUAACGAGGACGACAUCAAGCGGGUGUUGGAGGCGUCCAAAAAGGCAAACCUCACGGGUCACUUUGUGUUCGUGGGCUCGGACAGCUGGGGGGCCAAGAGCUCCCCGAUCCAGGACCUGGAGGACGUGGCGGAGGGGGCGGUCACCAUCCUGCCCAAGAGAGCCUCCAUCGAUGGCUUCGACCAGUACUUCAUCUCAAGAUCUCUGGAGAACAACAGAAGAAACAUCUGGUUUGCAGAGUUCUGGGAGGAUGACUUCAAAUGCAAACUGACCCGGCCUGGAGUCAAGUACGACUCUAGUCGGAGGAAAUGUACAGGUGAGGAGAGGAUCAGCAGGGAGUCCUCUUACGAGCAGGAAGGCAAGGUGCAGUUUGUGAUCGACGCUGUGUACGCCAUGGCCCACGCCAUACACAGCAUGCACAUCGAUCUGUGUCCUGGCUACAUGGGUAUCUGCGACAAGAUGGACCCCGUGGAGGGACGCAUGCUCCUCCAGUACAUCCGCUCGGUCAAUUUCAACGGCAGUGCUGGCACCGGGGUGAUGUUCAAUGAGAACGGAGACGCCCCGGGACGCUACGACAUCUUCCAGUACCAGAUCUCCAACGUGACCAACCCGGGCUACCGGGUCAUCGGCCAAUGGACCAACCACCUACGACUCAAUGAGGACGAGAUGCAGUGGAACGGCGGAGACGUGCGGAUCCCCGACUCGGUGUGCAGCUUCCCGUGCGAGCCCGGCGAGAGGAAGAAGAUGGUGAAGGGCGUGCCGUGCUGUUGGCACUGCGAGCUGUGCGACGGCUACCAGUACCAGCUGGACGAAUUCAACUGCGACACCUGCCCCAUGGACAUGAGGCCCCUGGUCAACCGCACGGGCUGCCGGCCCACGCCCAUCAUCAAGCUGGAGUGGAGCUCGCCGUGGGCCAUCAUCCCCGUCUUCCUCGCCAUCCUGGGCAUCCUGGCCACGUCCGGGUGCAUCUGCACCUUCAUCCGCUUCAACGACACGCCCAUCGUGCGCGCGUCCGGCCGCGAGCUCAGCUACGUCCUGCUCACCGGCAUCUUCCUCAUCUACCUCAUCACCUUCCUGAUGAUCGCCGAGCCCAGCUCUGGGGUGUGCGCCUCUCGCAGGAUGCUGCUGGGCCUCGGCAUGUGCAUCAGCUACUCGGCCAUGCUCACCAAGACCAACCGCAUCUACCGGAUCUUCGAGCAGGGCAAGGUCGCCGUCUCCCCGCCCAAGUUCAUCAGCCCCGGGUCCCAGCUCGUCAUCACCUUCAUCCUCAUCUCCGUGCAGGUCCUGGCCGUGUUCAUCUGGUUUGGCGUGGACCCCCCCCACACCAUCAUCGACUACGAGGAGCAGAAGCCCCCCAACCCAGAGUUCGCCCGUGGGGUGCUCAAGUGUGACAUGUCGGACCUGUCCCUCAUCCUGUGCCUCAGCUGGAGUAUCGUGCUGAUGAUCACGUGCACGGUGUACGCCAUCAAGAGCCGCGGCGUGCCAGAGACUUUCAACGAGGCCAAGCCCAUCGGCUUCACCAUGUACACCACCUGCAUCGUCUGGCUGGCCUUCGUGCCCAUCUUCUUCGGAACAGCGCAGUCGACUGAAAAGAUGUUCAUCCAGACCACCACGCUGACGGUAUCCAUGAGCCUCAGCGCCACCGUGUCCCUGGGCAUGCUCUACAUCCCCAAGGUCUACGUCAUCAUCUUCCACCCGGAGCAGAACGUGCAGAAGCGCAAACGCAGCCUGAAGGCCGUGGUGCAGGCGGUCACCGUGUCCAGCAUCAAGGAGAAGGAGAAAACCAACGGCGCCAAGAUGGUGCCCGACCGGUCGCAGUGAGACAUGCUGGGCGGCGGCUGCCUGUCACUCAACCGUUCUUAUCGUGCUCACCCCCUCUCCCCCCCCCCCUAGCCCUAAACCCGCACCUCUCCCCAUUUUCAUUCCAAACACAAAACUUUUGAAGGUUACAGAAGAUGGAAUAGAGGAGCACACUUAAAACGAGUUUUGGGGCCUAAUGGCCCUCGGGGUUGUUUCUCUUUCCUGCUUAAGAGAAACUCACCUUGAAUAUCUAUAGAACCGUGCAUCAAGGGUACGAUGAAACGCUGGGGCACAACGUAGGCCUAGUGCUGAGGCUUACUGCGUUAACUGGAAUUUAUCUUGGAAUGGAAGUGGGCCUAUCGAAUAAUGACAAAUUGCCCGGAACAAACACUUCCCUAGCGAAUGGAUUACAAGGAACCCAACAGACUAUAAGGACAGUGAGCACCUUGAUCCACAAAGGGCGUUUCUUUUUUCCAUCAAUGAUGUUGAUAACCCUUCCCCCCUCCCCCCUUUAGGCAAAUGUGUUUACAAGUCCCAACACUGCAUGGAUUGUGUGCUAGUGUGUUGUAGGUUAUGUGUUGACCUUUUCUACUCCAGCGGUAGGGACCAGGAAUGCACCUCCCUCUUGCCCUGUAUUCAUUAUUAAUAAUUAAGGUCCAUUGGAAAGAUUGUAAUACUCGCUGAAGAACUAUCAUUUACACUCACUCUGUCACUGAUUAAUCACUGGUAUUUCUAAUUGAUUUUAACGUUAUAUAUGACAAAUAUUUAAUAACCCGAUGGUACUAGUGCAAGCAAUAGGCCUAAAUCAAGCAAUUUUACAGGUUUAUCAUGCUUUGGUGGGGGUGUAGAAAACUGUUUUUCUGAUGUUAUGUUUAUAUAGGCCUAUAAAAAACGUUUAGAAGGUAGGAUACCUACUCUUGUGGCAUCAGUUUUUCUAUAUACUCCCGAUAAAUUUAGUUUUCACCACUUAGCUUGUUUAAAGAAUUCACAGUUUCUUCAGGAAAUAUGGACUCACAUGUAUUUGUACAAUAGAGGGCAUCCGUCUAUUAAACAUAUAAUUGCCAAUUAUUUGCAGUGAACUUUUUUACUUCAACAUAAUGUUAGACUCGGGUUAUACAAAAAUUGGUAUUUGUUUUAUCUUUCAUCUUGUAACCAUGGACGACCAACACAUUAUUUCAGAAC